UAGCUCUGCCACGGGGUCAGGAAUAGGAUGGGGAAGUGCUAGCAGCGAUAGGGUGUAGCGGCAGCUAGGAGUCAGGGUUAUGCCAUAGUGGGCAGUCAGUAGCGGCCGGUGGUAGCACCAUUAUGUUACAUGUAAUUUCUCCUGGGUGUAUUAUAUAGACACGGCCCUCCAGUAGUGCACCCCCUAAUAAAAUUAGCUGCGCACGCCUAUGCCGGUAUAUUGCCGAGUUUGAGCCAUGUCAACCCGGUUUGAGGUGCAGUGUGAAAGCGCCAUUAUGAAUUUACCAUGUCAAACAACCCGGUAUUUCAACCCGUGUAAAAAGAAGGAUCCAACACGGUUCAGAACCGGUUCAUUUGGCAGUGUGAAAGCCUCAGACCCGCUAUAUUCAACCCGGUAAUCUUAAAAAAGAGGUGAUAGGUUGUCUCCCUGCAUGAUGUCACCUGUCUAAACCCGGAAAUAAACAGGCAGCACGCUUUAAACAGUGUGUUUUUAUUUAUACUACAUUCACAGUGCUACAUUGCUACAGUGCUUGGAGAAUAUGGCAAACUGGAGUGAGGAUGAGGUUAGGGAGCUGUUACGGAUAAGAGGGGAGUCGGAAAUCACCCACCAAAUGACAGGGACUGUUAAGGAUGCAAUCACGUACAAAAACAUAACAAAGAUGCUUGCAGCCUCUGGAUUUUAUCGUACCUCCCAGCAGGUAAUCAAUAAACUAAAGGCCCUUAAAAGGAAUUUCCAUAAGGUCCACGACCACAACAGAAACAGAAGUGGUGCUGCCCGUAUGGAGUGGCAAUAUUAUGAGCAGUGUGCCACCAUAUUUGGCCACACAGCACUUGCAACACCGGUUAGCUUAUCCUCAAGCACAGCAGCAGCAGAAACAAGACAGGCCUGUGCUGCUUCCACCUGCAGCGUACAGGACCCAGACACCCGAUCACAGGACCCAGACACCCGAUCACCACCACCACCAUCUCCACUACUCGUACUGGAUGAUACGCAACCGAUGCAAACCACUAUGCCUGACCCAGUUGUACAGGAGCCCAGCAGGACUGAAACCACUGAUGCGCCAGAAGACACAGAGGCUGGGCCAAGUCAAAUGGCCCCAAUUGCACAAACGCAGCCUUUGCGUGGAAACAUAUAUACUGUUCCGCCAAGGAGGCGCCGCCCAAACAAAACGGAGCAAGCUGCAAGAGUUAUGACCACUGUCCUGGUGGAGAAAUUAGAGCAGAUGGACGCUGCCAUGGCUGAUCGAGAAGAUGCACGUCUCGAGCGAUUUUUGCAGGCAGAGCAAGACAUGAACAACACAUUUAUGACGCAGCUGAUCUCUAUGCAGGAAACCUAUAAUAGGGAUGCAAGAGAACGUCAGAGAGAAAUGCAGGAAUUUCAAAUGUCCAUAUUUGACCGAAUGUUCCAAUGCAUUGAAGGGCUGCACACAGUGCCACCAAACUACCCUCAACCGUAUACCCAAUAUUACCCUGGCCCCCCCUACUAUGAUCAUACCCCACCUCAUCCAACGCCACACCAUACCUAUCCUCGACAUAACCAACCUCAACAAACCCCACCUCCACUAACUCCAACUCAAUAUACCCAUCCUUGACAUACACAACCUCAACACACCCACUCACCUUCUGAAACGGAGACAACUACAGAGUCUCCUGUUUAUCGUAAUUUAUCUUAAAUGGUUAUUGUUUUUUUUUUAAAAAGUUGGUUUUAAAAUCAUAGGAGUGUUUUUCCUACACUAUUACUGGUUGGACUUUUAUUACUGUAAAGAUUUCACUACUUUAUUUACCAAAGUUUUAUACAAAUUAAAAUUCUA